GAUCCUUAAUAUAAAGGUGGGUCUCAUUUCCGAAAUUUCAUUAAUAUUUUUGCGUAAAUUAAGUAAAAAAGGAAACAAAACAAAGUUUGAUGAGAAGAAGGGGAAAAUGGCGCACUCUACGAUCGCCGUUACACUGAGCCAGCAACUCUUUAAAAGGACCACUGUCCUCUUCCCUCACUCUUCUUUCAGAUCUCGUUCUCUUCUUCCUUCUUCUUCUUCUUCUUCUUCUGUUUCCUUCUCUCCUAACUUUCAUACUCCUCUUUCUUCUUCUUUCGCUCUCAGAGCCUCUUCUUCUUCUUCUUCGUCCACCUCCUCCACCGCUGCCAUGGGUGAAACUAUCGCCGCCGUCGAUGCCGGAAUGGACGCUGUUCAGCGCCGCCUCAUGUUCGAAGACGAAUGCAUUUUGGUGGAUGAGAACGACCGCGUGGUUGGUCAUGAUUCCAAAUACAACUGUCACUUGAUGGAAAAGAUUGAAGCUGAAAAUUUGCUGCACAGAGCUUUCAGUGUAUUCCUGUUCAACUCAAAGUAUGAGUUGCUUCUUCAGCAACGAUCUGGCACAAAGGUAACGUUCCCUCUUGUGUGGACAAACACCUGCUGCAGCCAUCCACUGUACCGCGAAUCUGAGCUUAUUGAGGAGGAUGCGCUCGGAGUGAGAAACGCUGCCCAGAGGAAGCUUUUGGACGAGCUUGGUAUUGUUGCUGAAGAUGUGCCAGUUGAUCAGUUCUUGCCUUUGGGCCGCAUACUUUACAAGGCACCUUCUGAUGGCAAAUGGGGAGAACAUGAAUUGGAUUAUCUGUUGUUCAUCGUCAGGGAUGUUAAGGUGAACCCUAAUCCAGAUGAAGUUGCAGAUAUCAGGUAUGUGAAUCGCGACCAGUUGAAGGAGCUACUGAGGAAAGCCGAUGCCGGCGAGGGAGGCUUGAAGCUGUCGCCAUGGUUCAGACUCGUUGUGGACAAUUUCUUGUUCAAAUGGUGGGACCAUCUUGAGCAAGGAACUUUGGGACAGGUUGCUGACAUGAAAACCAUUCAUAAGUUGAGUUAAAAGAAAAGAAAUAUAUCACAGAUGUUUAAGAUAUGGUAUGAGGGGUAGCUAUAAUUUUAAGCAAAUAAAAUUUGGUCCUUAUUGUAUUUGUACCAAAAAUAUUUGAACUGAUUGAAAAUGAUUUUCGUAGUUGUGGCCAAUAAUGUUGAAUUGUUGAUCGUGUCUGUUAUUGAUAAUAACCAGAACUUUAUUACCGCCGUGUAUCUUAUAACUUGCAGAACAAUUCUAUUAUAUGUGAAAUAAAAAUAAAAAAUAAAUUAGGAUUUUUA